AUGAGUAUGCCCGAUGUUGUCGACGUUCGAAAUGAAAUUAACAACGAACUUGUAUUAAACGACCGCGACAACAAUGACCAACAUCUUGCGCACGACGUUAACGAUGCACUCGGUUCGCGAAAGGGCCAGGAACUGUUUGAUCAUCGCAUAAAGGCACGGAUGCCCGUGGAACGGUACGCGUCCGAUUACAACAUGAGCCACAAACGGCGCGGUUUGGCGCUGAUUUUUAACCAUGAAAACUUCGAUGUACCGCAGCUAAAGGCGCGCGCGGGUACGAACGUCGACUGCGAAAAUUUGACCGCCACGCUCAAGGGCCUCGACUUCGAGGUGCACGUGUAUAAGGAUCUGAAACUCCGCGAUCUACAAAAGCGUGUCGAAGAAGUUUCCCAGAUGGAUCACAGUGAUGCCGACUGCAUACUGGUGACGAUCUUAUCACACGGUGAGCUUGGCUAUCUGUACGCAAAGGACUGUCAAUACAAGCUCGAUGUGGUCUGGUCGUACUUCACGGCCAACCACUGUCCGACUUUGGCCGGCAAACCGAAGCUGUUUUUCAUACAGGCCUGCCAGGGCGACCAGUUGGACGGUGGUGUGCUGCUCGCGUCCAAGGAUCGCACCGAAACGGACAGCUCGUCUUCGAUGACGUUCAAAAUACCGACACACGCGGACUUCCUGAUCGCGUACAGUACCAUACCCGGGUUCUACUCGUGGCGCAACACACAAAAGGGUUCGUGGUUCAUGCAAUCGCUAUGCCACGAGCUUGCCCAGCACGGUCGAAAGUACGAUCUGCUGACGCUGCUCACCUUCGUCACGCAGCGCGUCGCGUACGAUUUCGAAUCGAACACGCCGGACAUUCCGAUGAUGCAUCAGCAGAAGCAGAUCCCGUGCACGACUACCAUGCUGACCCGUUUGCUGCGCUUCGGCGAGAAGAAAGGUUAUUAA